ACUGCACGGCACAACGACGAAAGGCCGACAGUUGACGGUAGCCACACUGCCUCUGGGGGCUCACACAGAAGGCCCAUCUUUCGAUUGCUUCUGGCUCGCACCUGAUCGAGAAUCUGACUGGCGAGCCAUUGUUGGCUUUGUUUGGAUCCACUGGACCCAUCCCGCGUUGUUCAAGAUGGUGGCCGCCGCGGCAACUACCCCAGAUUCUGGUACCGGAUUGACUUUAUCAUCUUCCCCGGAUACAUCGAAACUCCUCCCUAUCCGCGAAUACAACGGUCAAUUGCCGCAGCCGAGUGACAUUCAACGCCGUGGCAGUUUCGGCUUUCUUCGGCGUGGCAGGUCCGGCGAAGCUCUCCGUGGCAACCGCAGUCGCUCUCGCUCGAGGCUCAGUAAAUCUCAGCAUCGUGAGCCUUCAAUCACCAGUCCACGAGCUCCGCAAUUGCCCAAUCUUGCACCUCAACCGCAACUCAAAACCAUUGCUGGAAAUUCGGACGUCUUUGGUUUUACAACGCCCAAGUAUCGCAAUCAGAGUCCUUUUACCAUGACGGACUCGAAGAGUCUCUAUUCCAGCCCUCCAGCGAGAAUUGCCCCAGUCUCACCUCAUCCUCCCAGCUCGCCACCCACUACGGGUCUGGCUGAGCCUUUUGAUCCAUACGCGGGAACAAUGAGCAUGACGAAUCGUGGCAGGGAAAGCUACGCGACUAGUACGAUGAGCACAAUCAACAGCCCACGUCGCAUUCGUCGCAGAAAGGAUCCCACCCAUUUCAAUAUACUUGUCAUUGGGGCCAAGAACGCCGGCAAGACUUCCUUUGUCAACUUUCUUCGAUCCUCCGUUUCUGGCGCCAGCAGGCUUCAAGAUGGGCACUUCCAAACUCACGCUGGCAGCCUUCAUCCGGCUUUCCAGUCAAAUUACCUCGAGACGGAGAUUGAUGGGGAGCGCAUUGGUCUUACCAUCUGGGACUCUGAAGGCCUGGAAAAGAGUGUCGCUGAUCUGCAGCUCCGCGAGAUGGCAGCCUUUGUUGACAGCAAAUUUGAACAGACCUUUUCCGAGGAAAUGAAAGUUAUUCGGGCUCCUGGCAUUGCGGAUCCUCAUAUCCACUGUGCCAUUCUCAUUCUGGACCCUGCUCGCUUGGACAUGAAUCUUGCCGAGGCCAACAAAAACUCGAAUGCAGAGGGAAUUUACAAUAAGGCGACGACCACUUCAAAGAUUGUGGGUGCUCUUGAUGCGGAUCUUGACCUUCAGGUCUUGCGUACCUUGCAAGGCAAGACGACAAUUAUUCCAGUGAUUGGAAAAGCCGAUACCGUCACUGCCACCCAUAUGGCCGCUCUCAAAAAGGCUGUAUGGGAGAGUCUCAAGCAAGCCGAUAUUGCUCUUGAAGCGCUCGGACUGGAUAGCUAUGGUCCAGAGAAUGAUGAUGAUUAUGACGACAAUGACGACGUCAUUGAUGAGGCAGAUGAGGACGAGGUUUCAGAUGUCGAAAGCUACAGCAAUGACAGUGUCGGCCAUGAUGAAGUCAGAGCCUCCGAGAAGAGUCUUCCUCACUCGCCUUCCGGUAGCUCCAAUGAUUCUAAUGUUAAUGAUGCUCACGAUGAAUUCAGUACCAGCGAUCAUGGCCAUCUUGCGGUGAAGCACGGAGACAUGAUUCAGCCGGGCUCUCCGUCCACAUCAGCCUCUACGGAUGCCUCUACGGAUUCGCCUCUGCUCCCAUCCCGCUCUAAAGAAGGAUCCAUUGAUUCAGCGGCGGUCCCGUUUCUGCCCAUGUCAGUACUUAGUCCCGACUCUUACGAGCCUGGUGCAGUUGGUCGCAAGUUCCCCUGGGGCUUUGCUGAUCCUUACAAUCUCGAUCACUGUGACUUUCGCCGCCUUCAUGAGUCUGUCUUCCAUGACUGGCGUGCCGAAUUGAAGGAGGCCAGCCGCGAGCAGUGGUAUGAGAGUUGGAGGACCGAGCGCCUGAGCGCCGGGCGAGCUCUGUAAUCCACAGACUGGCAUGGGCUGCGCAUUGCUUGUCAAUAUUCGCGCUUAGCCUUGAGGAUUUACUGGUCUUGUUCAGAUGCUUGUUCAUCACAAGGCUUAAUUUCCUCUUUUCGACUCUUUCUUACAUUUCCCGUCAUUUACUUUUCUGACAAUUUUCAAAUCCCCUUGCCAAUUUCCUUAAUAUUCACCAUUUCACGUUUGCCCCCCUUUUGCUUGUUUGAAGCCUUAUUUGUGUUCACCUGUUGUGGAGACAUGUUAUUACAUUGAUGUCGUCAUGGUUGGCAGUCCGGAGCAGAUGGUACACGUUGCGCUCUACCGAUUAUCCAGCUUCUUGUCGACGUUUUACGACGUUACGAUGUGAUAUCCUCUAGCCUGCAUUUCAGUUCGUCUCGCGCAAAGCUAGAGUCUAGUUAGACUUCAAUUAUUGAUCAUUAUCCCA